UACCCCCCGCUCCCCACUACCGACGCAGCAUCUCCAGGGAGGCUCAGGAUCUCGCCCACCCCGGCCCUGCUCAUCCGGGACCCGAGACUAUGAACAAGCAACAGCCCCCAGCCUUAGUGACCUCAGAUGGUCAGAUGCAGGGCCCCAGUGCCCCCCCGGGUGUCUACCCACCUCCACCACCAUACCAAGCAAACCCUGGCCAGCCUGCACCAGCCUUCAAUCCUGCCCAGACAGUGGUGAUGGUCGAUCCCGCACCGGCUGUGAUUGUGGGGCAGGUUUUCUCGGAUGUCCCGGCCCGGGUCACGUGCCCUUCCUGCCACCAGUCCGUGGUGACCCGAAUCGUCCAUCACGUAGGCCUCAUGGCGUGGCUCAUCAGUGGAGGCCUCUGCCUGGUCGGAUGCUGGCUGGGCUGCUGCCUCAUUCCCUUCUGCGUGGACAGCUGCCAGGAUGUGGAUCACUUCUGCCCCAACUGCCAGCACCUGAUUUACCGCUACAAGCGGAUGUGAGCGGCCUGGACCCGAGGAGGCCCAGGGCGAGGGUUUGGGGUGGGGUGAGCUACAGAUGUGUAUAUUUUUCAAUAGAGUAAAACCCAGAGAUGUGAAGACUGA